AUGCCGUUCCACCAUGUGCGGGCGGGCCUGCUCUAUCCAGACAACUACCUGAGCAACUCCCUGGCCGAGGGCAACGAAUCCUUCCAGCUCACCAGUAUCUCCACUGAGGAGCUGAAAGAGAUUCGUGAGGCGUUCAGGGUCCUGGAUCGUGAUGGGAAUGGUUUCAUCUCCAAACAGGAGCUGGGGAUGGCCAUGCGCUCGCUGGGAUACAUGCCCUCAGAGGUGGAGCUGGCCAUCAUCAUGCAGCGGCUGGACAUGGACGGGGACGGGCAAGUGGAUUUUGAGGAGUUCAUGACAAUACUUGGUCCCAAACUGCUCUCAUCCGACAACAGAGAAGGUUUUCUGGGCAACACCAUUGACAACAUCUUCUGGCAGUUUGACAUGCAGCAGCUGUCUCUGGACGAGCUGAAGCAGGUUCUGUUCCACGCCUUCAGAGACCACCUGACCAUGAAGGACAUUGAGAACAUCAUCAUCACAGAGGAGGAGAGCCUCAAUGAGACGUCAGGGAACUGCCCAGAGUACGAAGGAGUCCAUCCCAAGAAGAAGAACCGUCAAACGUGUGUGCGGAAGAGCUUGAUCUGCGCCUUUGCCAUGGCGUUCAUCAUCAGUGUCAUGCUCAUCGCGGCCAAUCAGAUGCUCCGAAACGGCAUGGAGUAGUCCCCAUAGUAACCACUUGCACUGUGAGCAUAACUGGGACGGGACCUGCAGGAGC